GUACCACCGUUUAUAAGGACACAAAGUUUCCAACGUGCGGCGGGACAACACGGAUCAACCGCUGGCUCUGCUUACCUGUUUGUGUGGAAAGAAUUCAAAUAGUGAAUGAAAGUGUUGCCCACAGCCACAGCCUUGCGAUCUUCAACUCAGUGUUCUUGUGUCGGUUUGUCAUUUUUUUAAGUGAGGGAUGUUGUGGUGAUUUAAGUAGUGUUUACAAGUUUCAUCCAGCAUUUUGUUUAAUAUACCUAAAGCUACACCUAGGGUGCAUAUUUUCUGCAAAACUACAGUGCUAACUCAUUAUUCUGACUAUGUAUCGAAUAAAUCUGACCACGUUUACAUUACUUUUAGCACUCACUGUAGGCAGUUUGAUGUCGGAGUCGUUGCACCCAUCCGAUGGUGCCAUCAAAGAUUUGUACGAAUAUCUUCUGCAACGGGAAUAUGCUGCCCCCGUAUCGUAUGCUGAUCACCAAAUCAAGCGAAAGGCAGUUCGAUCACCAUCGCUGAGGCUACGUUUUGGAAGACGAAGUGACCCGAGCGUGCCAUUGCGUCCCGAGGAAGAUGAACUGAUGGACCAAAAAGCAAUACGAGCACCGCAGCUUCGUUUGAGGUUUGGAAGAAACGACCCACUCUGGACUUCGUUCAACGAAAAUGCUUUGCUGGAGGAAAACUUUGAAAAGCGAGCACCAUCGCAAAGACUACGGUGGGGACGAUCGAACCUAUUCGGCAAUCUGGUUAACCAGUUCCAGCAGGACGAUGUGAUGCAGCAGAAAGCAAUACGGGCACCGCAGCUAAGACUACGCUUUGGAAGAACCGAUCCAUCCUGGGCCAUGUACAAUGAACAUCAGCUAGCACCCGGUCAGCAGUCACAGGUGGUCAAUGAUGCAAGUGAAAAACGUGCACCGACCCAAAGGCUCCGAUGGGGCCGUUCCGAUCCUGCAUUAUCGAAAGAUUCUUCUGAGGACAAAGCGCUAGAAGCGGAGGAAAGCGAAGGCAACAACGUUGAUGACAAGUAAACAACAUGCACGGUAACUACCUGUAUCCCAUCCAGUCGUCGUCGUCGACGUCAUUUGCACAUUCGCGUACCCGGAACAUUCCUAAAAACGAAACACAAGACAAACCUGCUGCUAUAUGAGGGGAAGAAACUCCGUACCAAACGGAAUAUCUUUCACUACUCUCUUAAUGCGUUGGCCAUGGCUUACAGUUGGAAGCGGCUAAUUCUAGACAUCGUCAUACAAAUAAUACCCGUGUUGUCCGCAAUACCAUAUAAACGCAACUGGACAUUUGUUGUUUGUUUUUGCCCCUGAUCAAUGGCUAGUUUGGUUUCGAUCAAGAUGGCCGCCAUUUAUCCAGACGCGAUCGUCUAGCAAGCGAUCUAGCAAGUAGAACAUUUUCAUCGAACAAUUACAAAACUAAGCGCAAGAAUAUAUUAGCAAUCGUGUUGAUUAGCAAAAGGCUACCGUUGUUCUACAGUUCAGCAACGAUUGUACAUGGCAAAUGACAACUUUAACUGUACCCUUUAACAGCACCACUUUCAUACUGCAAAUCUGUUGAAAUUUUAUUGUAUUCAAAUUUGUGAAAAUUUGCAGCAAAAUUCCAACAGAUUUCAUUUCCAUCAGCUAUAUAUUAGUAUGUAAACAUCUACAAAGUACACAAAGCUACACGUUAAAGAUGCGAUAAUGCGAACCACCCUUCAAUGGAUGAUGAUUACCUUACGGCUCUUGCGGUGAAAGUUUUUUUCUUUCCUGAGCAGCACCUGUCUAUAACACCGCGCAAAAGAAAUGAGUUACGUUCAGAAAAAUCAAAAGAACAACAAGCAACACAAACGAAACUUUUAUUUUUUGUAUACUUUUGCCUUAAGACAAAUGCGCGCUAAACAUUUAGUUGCUUAAAGAUACAGGCAGAUAGAUAAGCAUACAUGCCUGUAACCAUUCACCAUACCACACUAAUCGGGCACGAUCUUGUCAAUGGUUAUGCGUUUGAAGUAAAAUUUUUCCGAGCAAAAGGGAGACAGCAUAAAUAAUGUGUUGGCCAUGUCACAUCACACAUCACACACCUAACCGAACCCUACGCUGCUGCUCGAAGCCAAGCAAAUCAAAUGCAUUCCAAUCGGUAUACAUUGCGGUAUAUUAGCAGUAGUUAUGCUAUAAGACUAUAAGAUUUAUGAUGGCAUGCAUCAAUGCAUACUGUGAAAACUUAGCUGAAACAUAUUAUAAAUAAAAGCAAGUCUAAAAAUACAUAUUUUUAAUGCAUCUGCAGCCGAUCGUGAAAGGAUAAACUAACAAUGAUCAUGUGUAUGUACAUAUAUUUAUAAACAAAUAAAAUAUUACCUAGCGGAUACAACCACA